CCAUUAAAAACUUCUCAGCCCAAGCCGCCAGUAUCAGAAGUUAGAACCGAGGGGACUUGGUUCCGGAAGAGGAAACAGAGAGUUCGGAUUCCAGAAACAUUAGGUAAUCCAGGAGAUUUUUUUGGGUUCGUGAAGGAGGAGCUUCAAAGUCUGCUCACCCUUCGGUUUGCUGUGCUUUUCUCCUUAGGUAUAACUUGAACUUGGAAUAGACAUGCUUGUUGAUUAAUCAUGUGGUGAGGAUUCGGUAUUGAGCUAUCUGUUUGGGAUACUUUUGAUCAAGUCAGGAGGACUGGAAUUUGUGAGUAAUGUGUUUGGGUCCUUUUAUUCCAGUAUCAUCCGAUCUUCUUUGGUCAUUUUAACCAAAAGCAGGUUCUCUCUGUCUCGAAAGCCUGUAAGUGGAUUAGAAACUGAGCUGCAUAGCUAAGCACUGCAUUGGGAGAUUAGGAAAAAAAAAAUGGCAUUGAGGCGACUUUUGGGGUUUUCUGAUGGUGAACUGAUGAGGUCGGAUGCAAAACCUUGCUCCAGAUUGAUGAGGCAGACAGCUGCAAUAUUCACCGUAGGUGGAGCAUUAGGAUUUUGGGUGCUCUGUAGACUACACUAUGGUCCUAGAAUUACAGUUCCCAGAAGUCUUAGGUGGGCAGGUUGUGGAGCCAUUUCUGUAAGCUCAACAACUGCUUUGCUGGUUCGCCUGUUCAGCCCUGAAUGUGAGCCCCAGAACAUAGCUGCUUAUGACAAAGGAAAAUAACUCUUACUCUCCGAUUCAUAAGAAUGUGGAUUGCCGAUAAGUAUGCGAUACUACUUUGUUUAGCAGUUUUCGGAAAAGAAAGAGACAAUUUUGAUUUCAAGUCAUUUAUGCCAUGACAGACUUGUUGCA